AUGUUUUGUUUCAUGUGGUUGAUGCUUAUGUCCCAGUUAUGGCAAAUGAGUACACAGAUGGUCUUGCUAAAAGUCAGUCAAAUUAGUCUUAGACGACUUGGUCAAGUCAUUCAACGGGGUUUUGUUGCAAGAGAGAAGAUGCACAAUGCAGCUACCAUUGAUGGUAUGGCCGUUUCUUCCACAUUCCUUGGGAUUAUUCACUCAAUGGCUCACAAAACAGGAGCCGCUUUCCGUCUUCCAUAUGGUCGAUGUGUUGCAGUGUUGUUGAAGUCUGAGACUAUGGCUGAGGGAGUUGAAGUUCUUGCAAAGGCAAAAACUUCAACACAUAUUAGAAUUGAAAUUCAAAAAAUACACUUUCACAACUCUUUAUUUAUGGUACAUUGUUAUAAAUAA